UGUUCCAGUGUUAUGAUGAAACUGAGCUACGAGGGCACCUCUGAUUACAAAGAACAGUGUUAUCGUAACCUACUUUACUCACCACCAUCAAUAGCAUUAUCAACAGAGCAAAUCUGGAAUAGGCCUAGCCACGUUAAACGAAGUCAGAGGUGGUGUUAUUGGUUGCGUCAGCAUGUCCGGGAGAACUAUAUAGGGCCCGGCACUACCGAGUGUCUUCACUUCAGCCUUCAAGCUUUCCAGUCAGCCCUCCGAGGACUAACAGCCAAAUCCCCAAACAUGAAACUGCUCGUUGCCCUUUCUGUGUUGGUGGUGGUCCUGGCAGCAUUCACCAGUGCCCAGGAGGAUGCCCUCGUAGCCGCUGUUCAGGAGCCUGAGGCUGAGGUCACCAUGGAGCAGCGCUUCAACCAGUUCCAGCAGCAGAUGGCCGUCAUCACCGACGACCUGACCGAGAAGACCAAGAACGCCUUCGACCAGUUCCAGAACAGCGAGUUCGCCACCAAGACCAGGGGCUUCUUCUCAUCGCAGUUCGAGAAGAUGAAGGCCAAGUUUGAGGAGACCUUCCCCUCCACCGCUUAAGAAGCACACCAACAGCUCCUUCUCAACUGGACUACCGAGGCUUAUAUGACUCCACACGACCAAGAUCAUGAACUCCUCUGAAUAUACCCUUUGUCACAAUUCUGCAUACAAAACUAUUUUGUUACAUUCAAAGCCAUUCCUGUUUAAUCCAUAGUUUUUGUUUGACUCAAUGGAUCAAUUCCACACGAUUGUUUAUAAGGCGUAAUGCCCUAAUUGUGUAAAAGUGUUUAUUUUUUUCCUGUCAAAACAAUAAAUUAUGAAUAUAAUGUG